AUGUUGCCGUUUAAGGAGUCGCAAUUGCCAUUGAAAGGAGCUGCAACUGACGCUAAAAUUUUCAACGACCAGAUGGUUGUCCGUAAACAGUUGCAGCGUCACUCCGAACGGGUUAAGUUUUGCUGUCGUAUAAAGAAGAAAUAUGAGCAAAUCAAUAAAAUCUUUCCGGCUUGUUCCGCCGCUCAUUUCCUGAAAGCUGCAUCGAAUCGGAGGAGUGAAGGGUUUGUCUUGUCUGAAUUCACCAUGAGGGCUAAGUGGAAGAAGAAGCGUAUGAGGAGGUUGAAGAGGAAGAGGCGAAAGAUGAGACAGCGAUCUAAGUAG